AUGCCGGUGAUGAGAGGACUGUUGGCGCCCCAGAACACCUUCCUGGACACCAUCGCCACCCGCUUCGACGGCACACACAGCAACUUCGUACUGGGGAAUGCGCAGGUGCAGUCGCUCUACCCCAUCGUCUACUGUUCGGACGGCUUCUGCGAGCUGACGGGAUACGCCCGAGCCGAGCUGAUGCAGAAGAGCUGCGCGUGUCACUUCCUGUAUGGCCCAGAGACCAGCGACAGAUUGACCGCUCAAAUCCAGAGCGCUCUGGAUGAACGGAGGGAGUUCAAGACUGAGCUGGUCUUCUACAAGAAAGGAGGUACUCAGUUCUGGUGUCUGCUGGACAUCGUGCCCAUCAAGAAUGAGAAGGGAGAAGUGGUGCUGUUUCUGGUGUCCCAUAAAGACAUCACAGACAAUAAGAAGGACCAGGAUGAAGAGCAGUGUCCAGAGACGGAUGAAGAGACGGGACUGGAGGUCCAUAAGGUCACGCGGCCACAAGGUUUCAACGCUAACCGCCGCCGCAGCCGGGCCGUGCUUUACCAGCUGUCUGGACACCUGCAGAAACAGGACAAGAGCAAGCUCAAGAUCAACAAUAACAUGUUUGGCGAGAAGCCGCCCAUUCCAGAGUACAAAGUGGCGGCCAUUCAGAAAUCUCGUUUUAUCCUGCUUCAUUAUGGCACCUUCAAGGCUGGCUGGGAUUGGCUGAUUCUGUUAGCCACCUUUUACGUAGCGGUCACUGUACCUUACAAUGUUUGUUUCACCGUGGUUGGUGGGCGGGACGAUGGAUCAACCAACAGAAGCCCACCAAGUGUGAGUGACAUCUUGGUGGAGAUCCUUUUUAUUCUAGACAUUGUGUUGAACUUCCGCACCACAUUCGUGAGCACGUCAGGCCAGGUGGUGUACGACGCCCGCUCCAUCUGUGUGCACUACGUCACCACCUGGCUCUUUGUGGAUCUGAUCGCUGCGUUGCCUUUUGACCUACUCCACGCAUUCAACGUCAGCGUGACCUUCGGGGUUCAUCUUCUAAAGACGGUCCGGUUGUUAAGACUCCUGCGCUUACUGCAGAAACUGGAGCGGUACUCACAAUACAGCGCUGUGGUGCUCACCUUGCUCAUGUCCAUGUUUGCUCUGCUGGCUCAUUGGAUGGCUUGCGUCUGGUACUUCAUUGGCCGCCGUGAGAUUGAGAACAAUAGCCCUGGGUCUUGGGACAUUGGUUGGUUGCACGAGUUGGCGAAGCGCCUGGACACUCCAUACUUCCUCUCGCCCCUCACCUCGCUCUUACCCGACUCACUGCAGUCCAGCUUCCUGGAUGGAUUUAGCGCUAACACGAGUCAGUGGAACUCCUCUGGCACUGACACAGUGGGAACGGACACCGCCGUAAACUCCAGCCAGUGGAACGGGACGGGGGUAGGGCAGGUGGGCGGAGUCAGUGUGGGACAGGUGGGCUCGGUGCUGGGGGGCGGACCCUCAGUGAGAAGCUCCUAUGUCACCUCGCUGUACUUCGCUCUGAGCAGCCUGACCAGCGUGGGCUUCGGCAACGUCUCAGCGAACACGGACUCCGAGAAGAUCUUCUCCAUCUGCACCAUGCUGAUCGGAGCGCUGAUGCACGCUGUGGUUUUCGGAAACGUGACGGCCAUCAUCCAGCGCAUGUACUCCCGCCGCUCGCUCUACCACACGCGCACCAAAGACCUGAAGGACUUCAUCCGCGUUCACCGGCUGCCCAAAGCCCUGGAGCAGCGCAUGCUGGAGUGCUUUCAGACCACAUGGUCCGUCAACAACGGCAUUGACGUCAGCGAGCUUCUGAAGGACUUCCCUGAUGAACUGCGAGCUGAUAUCGCCAUGCACCUGAACAAGGAGCUGCUGCAGCUGCCUCUGUUUGAGUCCGCGAGCCGUGGCUGCCUGCGCUCGCUCUCCCUCAUCAUCAAAACGUCCUUCUGCGCUCCCGGAGAGUUCCUCAUCCGCCAGGGGGAUGCCCUGCAGGCCAUCUACUUCGUCUGCUCUGGAUCCAUGGAGGUGCUCAAGGACAACACAGUGCUGGCCAUACUGGGUAAGGGCGACCUGAUCGGCUCAGACUCGCUGACCAGGGAGCAGGUGAUUAAGACCAACGCUAACGUGAAGGCCCUGACCUACUGUGAUCUGCAGUACAUCAGCCUGAAGGGCCUGCGAGAGGUGCUGCGCCUCUACCCGGAGUACGCCCAGAAAUUCGUCAGCGAAAUCCAGCACGACCUCACCUACAACCUGCGGGAGGGCAACGGAGCGGACGUGGACUGGGAGAGUAACGGCGGCCUGGUGAAGAAGCUGCCCUCUAUCCGCGAGGAUGAGGAGAAUGACGAAGAGCAGCACGCGGUGUCCCGCGCCCCUCGGUCACCCCUGCGUCUGACCAGAGGGCUCAACUCCCCCCUGCGAUCCCCCCUCCUCCCUCCACGUCCCUUCAGGCCGCCCUCGGACCACAGCCGUCCCGCCACCCUGCAGAUCCCCGUGGUCAGCUUCAGCAGCGCCCCUCCGGAGCUCAGCCCCAGGUUUGUGGAUGGUAUCGAGACGGAGAGCAAUACUAGCUCUGCACAAAGGUUUGAGUUCAGCUCCACCCUCCCUCACAGUGGCCCUCCAUCCCCCAGCCCAGUGAGCCCGGAGCAGGUGGAGACCAGGCAGAGCAUCAGCAAGCUGAGUGAAGAGAUGACCAACCUAUCACAGCAGGUCUCUCAGCUGAGCCAGGAGCUGCAGGAGAUGACCCGCCUUCUGCGGCCUCUCUUCCUGACCGGCUCUCAGCCUCUCCUGACCACCCUCCCCCUCUCGCUGACUCCGCCUCCCAGCAGCACCAGUGGCCCGUCCAUCACCUCUCCUGCAGGAGCUCUGCCCCAUCCAGUCCCACCCCAUCUGGCCUCGCCCUGCUCCCCGCUCAGACUUCCCUGUUCCCUAUUGGACAGCUCAGACCUGGGGGGCAUGACUGGCCUUCCCAGCUGCCUCAUACCCACCAGCCCUCAGAGACCACAAGCCCAACCUCAGAUACCAAUGGGUGUCAGCUCUAAGAGCUCGUCUCACGCUAGCCUGUCUCAGAUGGAGACUGUCCAAAAAGAGCAGCCUAGCAGCCCCCUGGGCUCCUGCAACAGCAACAACAAUGGCUUUGGCCAGCAGGUUCCUGACCGGCCACCUCUAGCUUCACGUACCCCUUCCCCUUCUCUCUCAUUCUCGCUCUCUCUCUCCUCGUCUCGCUCCCAGUCACCCUCUUUCUCACCCUGCCAGGGACCGCACCCUUCUCGGCCCUCACUGGCCCCACCCCCUUCACAGGAAGUCCCGCCCCCUCUAACCAAAUCCCACUGCUCGGCGCCAGCCUCCCUCAGCAGCUCCCCGGGCAGUUCCCUUUGGUUCCAGCAGACGUCGAGCCCCGCCCACCUUGGCCCUGGCUCCACCCAACCUCCGACGGAGCUGGAGAUGCAGGAGUGGGAUUCCAGUGGACGGAGCUCAGUGGAGCACAUCAGCUACAUCGAUGAGGAGGGACCACCACUGUGAGGAGAUGCUGGAGAAGAGGAGGUACCAUAAGCAGACGCUGGACUGCAGCACAAGAGAGCCGAGUCAAGGAGAAUGAAGAAGAGAGCAUGAGGAAGAAAAGCACCACGCAAUUAACAUGAAACGGGCUGCAGCCUUCAAGGCCGCGGCCUUCGUGAGUGGUCCUGAGGGCAUCUCACCAUCUUAGCGCACCGAAGAACCUGACACCAGCCAAUCCUGACCAUAUCAGCGCAAAGGGGCACAUGCUUCUCUGUGACAGUCAGAAGUUCUCCUCCAGAGGCAUUACGAGGAGCUUAUAGGAGCUCCAGAACGGCACGGUGCAUGGCAACCAAAACUCUAAACCUGACUAAACCCAGCGUUUUACAAGAACUGAACCCAGGAGGGGUU